ACAUUAAUCACUUGCAUAAAGGGACAACCUGUUGAAAUGUUUUCGAUUCAUAGCCUUACGGUCCUGUAAUAUCCAUACAUGUGAAGCACACUUCAAUGGUGCUAUUUUUCGUGACUGGGGCAGAUCGCAGUCCAGGAUAUACGCACGAAUCUCCGGUCGCCAGUGUAAUCCGAAGUCUACGCCGCUACAAAGCUCUGUUUAUCAAUAGCGAUCUCAGGUGUGAGGACUUCAACCAUGGACUUGAAAAAUGUUACCGACGAGAAGGAAGUGUUGCUGUCCAACGACAGCGUGUCACUGCCGGCUUCCUACAUGGCAGACACACCCGCUUCUCCGCCUCCACAGGACGACGUCGUCACCAGCCUCACCCUCAAGCGCCGUGUUUACACGAGGCUGGAAAUUGACGAAGCCUACAAAGACGAGACUCCUCCUUGGACCUUCGCUGGCUACUUCAAGUCGGCGUGCAGAUGCUCCAAAGAAAAAGCCAUCUCUGGCCUCCUGAGCGUCUUCCCUAUCGUCACCGUCAUCAGGAAGUAUCAACUACGUCGGUACAUCCUCGAUGACUUCCUGUCAGGCCUCUCCACUGCUUUCCUUCAUCUGCCACAAGGGCUGGGUUUCGGACUGCUUGCCUCUUUAGCCCCCAUCAACGGCCUGUAUGCCACCUUCUUCCCAAUCCUCCUGUAUACGCUCUUUGGAACCUCUCAGCAUGUAAGCAUGGGAACAAAUGCGGUUAUUGCCCUCAUGACGGCUAAUAUCGUUGAACGUGAGGGGGACAUGUUCAAAGCAUCGUUUGUCAAUGGGACAGUUCCUGAUGCGGAGUUUCUGAAUCAUAAAGUGGGGGUGGCAAUGGCCGCGGCGUUCUUCAGCGGACUGAUACUGUUAGUGAUGGGAACUUUGCGCCUUGGCUUUCUUACCAUGUAUUUAUCCGUGUCGUUCGUCGGUGGGUUCACCACUGCAUCUGCUGUUCACAUCGCCACAAGUCAGGUCAGCAAGAUGCUCAAUAUCAAAGUAAAGGCGUUCUCUGGAGCAGGAAAAGUCAUCCUUACGUACGUGGCCAUCUUCACCAACAUCGCAGACACCAACGCGGCCGACAUCAUCAUUGCCCUCAUUAGUGUGGCUAUUCUUCUGGCUGUCAAAAUAGGCAUCAAUGAACGAUACGCGCGUAAACUGAAGAUUCCAAUACCCAUUGAUCUCAUAGUAGUUGUAGUAGGGACAAUAAUAUCUCAUUUCGCAGAACUCAACCGACACUUCAACAUCGCCAUUGUUGGUGAUGUACCGACAGGACUGCCUGUGCCCAUGCUGCCGAAUUUAGAAGUUAUUCCCAGGAUAGCAACAGAUGGGUUCGUCAUUGCAAUCAUAAUAUUUGCCAUGACGAUAUCAAUGGCGAAGCUGAUGGCACGACAACAUGACUACGAGCUUGACUACAACCAGGAACUAAUAGCAUAUGGCAUGAAUAAUUUUGCCUCCUCUUUCUUCCACUGCUUCCCAUCCUGCACAGCUCCACCCAGAACAAUGAUCCUCAGCUCUUUAGGAUCCAAGACAACCCUGAACGGUAUCCCGUCAGCCCUCUUCAUCCUCAUCGUCCUGCUGGUCGCUGGUCAGCUGUUCGUCUCCCUACCGAUCGCUGUCCUGGCUGCUAUGAUUGUUGUUGCUAUGAAGAACCUCCUGCUGCAGAUACGGCAGCUCCCAGGAUUGUGGAGGUCAAGCAAGGCCGACUUCACCAUCUGGCUCUUUACCUUCCUAGUCGGGGUGCUGGCAGAUCUGGACCUCGGAAUCAUCGUUGGCAUAGGAAUAUCUGUCCUUACCGUUGUCGUCCACACGCAGCUCACCGCGGGAUUUGUCACGGGUGUCUCGACAAAGGAGGACGUGAUGGUGUCUGAGGGAAUCCGGGACGGGACAAGACCGAUUCCUGGCAUCUCGGUGUUCUUCUUCAACUCAAUGUUGUAUUUUGCCAACGCGGAGAAGUUCAAGAAGGAGAUAUUUGAGAAGGUGUACCAUCCUGCUACAAGGGAAAACAUCAAGAGAGAUAUCAAUGCAAAAGCAUCGGGUAAAGGUGAAACCUCUGACGGCGACGAUGGCACGGAAGUCGACCAUGCCGAUGUUGUGGCUGUCGUGUCGGAUGACGCUCACGUCCACAGCAUCAUCAUUGACUGUUCCGCCAUGUCCUUCAUUGACAUCGGUGGUGUGAAUAUGCUCCAGGUAAUUGCGUCGAAGUAUGGAAAGGUAGAUACAAAGGUCUACCUGGCCUGUGUUGGGCAGUAUAUGUGGAAGACACUCCAGAGAGCUGGCUUCUUUGACAACUUCCCAAAGGAAAAUGUAUUUUUGAUGUAUGGGAUGCCGUGACCGCUAUUCAAAAGAAAGGUUCCAGAGGAACCACUUACCUCUGAACGCAUGAGUCUUGUAUCAAGACCUUCCUUGUUUUAGAUUCUGGUAUGGUAGAUCCGUCUUUUACUGAGACAGUUCUGUUCUAUACAUUGUAAGGCUAUAGGGGCGGUGGGAUAGCCUAUUGGUUAAAGAGUCCCUCACAUGGGUACAAUGUCUGAAGCCCAUUUCUAGUGUAACAUUAGUGGAAUAUUGCUAAAAGCGGCGUAGAACCUUACUCACUGACUGUAGUGCUGUAGCUAGUAGAACUGGCGUUGAAAAAGGUUUUCAAACAAGAGGUGCAGUCUCGAUCCGAUAGGGAAACCAGGGCCUAGAUUUUCGAAGCUCUCUUAGCGCUAAGAUAGUCGUAACUUCCAUAUAUUAACAUUAACUUACGACGAUCUUAGCGCUAAGAGAGCUUCGAAAAUCUAGGCCCAGGUCGACUAACAUAGACAGAUCAUCAUGAUGUUCUCUUAUUAACUGGAAUGUAAGAAAAUGGUCAUGCGUGGAGUUUUAGCUCCCGAACAAUCGGACAAUUACAUUGUAACAGGUAUUUGGAUAGGUGGUAUAAUGAGGAAUAAACUUCCUAAAGUAAACGUACCUUAUGUAUGAUUGUAUGCAUUUAUGUUUGCUGUAACUUUGUGACAACAGUUCAGCUUUAGCGACUUCUAAGGCAUAUAUCAGCUCUAGCGCUAGAAUAAGUUUGUGGGACUGAAUUCAGUUGAACAUGCUGAUCUAUGCGCUAAGACUAUCGUAACUGCCGUACUUGAACAAAGACUCUGAGUCCCAAUACGUCCGUAAUACUACAACAUUCGUAAGGUUAUGUUUACUAUAGAGUUGCGACAGGUCGUAACCUAAUGAACGCUCGGUUGAUCGGGACCCAAGAUAGUUUGGGCGCUCAGAUAGCUUUGUGGGACGGGAUCCUGGACCCAGUUCUGUUAUUAACCCAAGAUCACAUGGUCCCGAUUUCUCGAAACAAACUGAGUUUUGACUUAAUUUAACGUUUUUACUCACAUUUGAGAAAACGCAGGAAAACGCAUUUCCCAGAAUAAACUGAAAUCGAGAUUUAACUCAAACAUAGUAGACAAUUUAAGUCUAGUAGAUAUUUUAUUUGAAUUGUUUUGGCUUUUUUA